AUGUCCUGGGGGCAGCAGGCCAGCGCGUCGGCACCGGGCACCCACCGUGCCCACCCCUCCCUUCAAGCUCCCCGAGUCUCAGGCAAGGGUGGGUCCCUAAGGAGGCCGGGGGGACAGUCCCCAGGCGCCCUGACACAGGCCCUCUCCCUGGGGUGUGACGUGGCACGGCGGCCAGUGCUGUCCCCCACCGCCCCCCUGACUGGCCCUCAGAGGCGCCGGAGCUGUACCUUCACAUUUUCCACUGAAGUGGUGCCAACCCCAGAGCCUCCCCCCUGGAUUCCUUGGCCAGGACUCUGGGCAGCCACAGACAAGGGUGACCUCAUCGCCCAUGGGCUCCCUCCCCUGGUGGGGGCCUUAGGCAAAAACGGGUAGCCACGGGCAGGGACUCAGGGAAGACCCCACAACCCACUCCAAGGGGAGGGAGAAACCACUGCCUUCUGCCCUGCAGACAUUCAGGGACCCCCCCCCCUGCAACCCUCCCCGGUGCUGCCCGCCGCCCCCCCCCCCCCCCAUCCCAGAGCAGCCACAUUCCUGGACACACAUUCCUGGUCGAGGCCCCUGCCAGCCACCACCCUCCCUCCGCCCAGCACGGAGACUGCUGCCCAGGCGGCCGCUUCCUGAACAGUGGCCACAGGGGGAGGGGCCCAGAUGAGACUGAGCACAGCAGGGAGCCCAAAGGCCCCUUGCAAGGGGCACAGGACCCCCCCCCCCCCCCGCCCCGGGCUCUCCCCAUCUGCACCUGCCCAGCCCAGCCCUGCCGACUUGUGUACUCCCCUCCCAGCAAGCCCAUCUUCCAGGCACACCCCCGUGCCCCUGUCCUCCUCUGCACAGGAGGGGGGGGCUCCCACUCUACACAGGCCCAAUUCCAGUCCAUGCGGCCAUCCCUGUAUUGAACACACCCCGGAGCAUGCAAAACGGCAAUGGCGGGGUGGGGGUGGGGGUGGGGGUGGGGGUGUUCCCAGAGCAGGGAUACAGGCAGGAGCUGGGAAAGAGGAGGGUCCCGGGCAGAGAGUAGAGCUGACGCCACAAUGUGUGCCACUGGGUGACCCCACACACGACUCCACCCCUCAGGGCUCCUCUGUACCCCCUCCCCACUCUGCCUGGCACAAAAGGCUCAAGCGUACACAGGAGGGAGAGACAAACAGGGUGUGGCCAGGCACCAGGGCCAGGGCAUCUGAGUUAACUUGAUCGUGCCAGGGGAGAAGACCAGCCUGGGUCAUGGGUCCCACUUGUGACCCACUCCUGCCCACCUCCCCACCCCCCCCCCCCCACCCCCGGCUGAGGGAGAGGGAGGGAGCUGCAGGGCCCUGGUACCACCCAUCAGGGGAUUCCCGCUUCCCCGCGUCCCCAGAGGAAGCGAGAUGCUCCAGGCUUCUUCAGCGUGGCGCGAGAAGGCAGAGGGACGAGGGCCCCUGCUCCGUGCGGCCUCCGGGGGCUGGGAGGCGGGGAGGAGGGCGGGCCGGCGCGGGGGAGGGGCCGCCGCCACUAUAAAGGCCCGGCCCGCGGCCCAGCUCCAGCCCGGGACGCACACGUGCGCGCGGCGCCGCAGCCGCCACCGCGGGCCACCGAGACCCGCGCCUCCCCGGCCCCCCGGGCGGCCGCGCGGCUGGCGGCAUGCGCUGCGCAAGGCGGAGCUGACGGCGCGCCCGCCGGCCCCAUGUCCUUCGCCAUGCUGCGCUCGGCGCCGCCCGGCCGCUACCUGUACCCCGAGGUGAGCCCGCUGUCGGAGGACGAGGACCGUGGCAGCGAGAGCUCGGGCUCCGACGAGAAGCCCUGCCGCGUGCACGCGGCGCGCUGCGGCCUCCAGGGCACCCGGAGGCGGGCCGGGGGCAGGCGGGCGGGGGGCGGCGCCCCGGGGCCCGGGGGGCGGCCGGGCCGCGAGCCCCGGCAGCGGCACACGGCGAACGCGCGCGAGCGGGACCGCACCAACAGCGUGAACACGGCCUUCACGGCUCUGCGCACGCUCAUCCCCACGGAGCCGGCCGACCGCAAGCUCUCCAAGAUCGAGACGCUGCGCCUGGCCUCCAGCUACAUCUCGCACCUGGGCAACGUGCUGCUGGUGGGCGAGGCCUGCGGCGACGGGCAGCCGUGCCACUCGGGGCCUGCCUUCUUCCACGCUGCGCGCCCCGGCAGCCCCCCGCCGCCGCCCCCACCACCCCCCACCCGCGACGGCGAGAACGCCCAGCCCAAACAGAUCUGUACCUUCUGCCUCAGCAACCAGAGAAAGUUGUUUCGGCUGUGCAGCACCGUGCUCUCUUCCCCAAAGUGCACGGGGACGCCGGGAGCAAGGACCGAGACAGAAAGACUACAAUUCGGAGUUAGAGGCGACGCCGCUGGGCUCUCCACAGAGAGCCCCCCCGUGGACCCGACUCAGGCACAGGCCUCCUGUGAGGGCGCCUCAGGCUCCUCUGGGGCCAAUGGACGGACAAGCGGCGGCAGGACUCUGCACUGGCCCAGCUGGCCCAGGUCCACCGGAACCUUCUGUGCUGGCUUCCUACCUGGGUUUUCUUCUGGUCACUACGUGCUGGUAUUUUGUGUCUUUGAUAUGAUAAUAUAAAGUCUGGAAACUUUGUAUAAUUAAAAACAAAACAAUAUCGUCCAA